CUCCCAGAUGAAGUACUUCCGGGUUUGCGUCCAAUCACAGAAGAGGACUCCGCAAGCAGCGCCAUGCGGCGGAAACGGCGGAGCGAGAGUCGAGCACGGAGCUUUAGAGAACGGAAGUUCCGUUUGGAAGACGACGACGAGAAACACUUCCUAAAACUCGUCUUAACUCGCAGGAAUAGACAACUUCACUCAGCUUUAGUUUCUGUCACAAGUCAGAGGAAUAUGCCAAAGCUGGACGCCCUGCUAGCAGAACACCUCAGGUCAGAGUUGAUGCUGCAGCAGCAGCUGAAGGCCCUGAGUGAGGCCCUCAGGCAGCAGCUGCAGGAGGCAGACACACGGCAGAAAGAGGAGCUGGACAGGAGGAUUCAUCAGAACUCUCUCCUGUCAACAGAGUCCGCUGAUCAAAAUACACUGAAACAGGCCAAACAUGUAGGAAUGAGGAGAUCCAUCUCGACAUCUGCCCUGACCUCAGGCAAAAAUACCUUGCAGCAUCCCCGACAGCCAGAGAGCCCCGACUUAUCUUCUCCAGCCUGGGUAUCUUCAAAGUGGAAGGAUAGUUCAGACAGAGCUCCCAUGCUCACUCCUGCCAGGCCUCGACAAUGUGAGCGGCUCGCUUUAUCGAAGACAACUCAGCUGAGGAAAGAGGAGGAGGCUGAGGCCGAGUGUCAGAGGAAGUUCUGCGCUCACCCAGUGCCCAGCCACGUCAUCCAGCCCCUCUAUCAGAAGAUGAUGGAGCUGAAGGAGAAGGACAGGAACCAGGCGCAUGAGCAGAGGAGGGACUUCUUGCUCUCCAUUCAGAAGCCUUUCAGUUUCCAGGAGAGGGAAAAGGAGAAAAAGGAGAAGCUGAUAAUGUUAAACCAAGUCUCGCACAAAAACAAGGCUGCUACUGUGAGGAAGCCUCUUCAAAAAGUGGUCGAAGGCGUGUCAGAUUCUGAGCUGAAAGUCCAGGAGCUUUGCAGUCGAGUCCGCACUCAGACGUCAGAGCGACAGACGCGUCCUACUCUCUCCGGCAGCCCCAAACUUCGCACCGCUGAGCGCACCAGGAAAGAAAAGCUGGACGAGAAGCCCAGCUUCCAGCCGAAGAUCAUCCAUCGGGUUCCCGAUUUCAGCCGUCUGCACAGAGCCCUGCAGACCGAGGCGCUGAGGAAAUCACAGAGUAAAGAUGUGAUGAGAUGUCAGCCCUUCAAUCUGAGGACAUCAGCUCUCCCUGCAAGGCGCAGGAGGAUGAGCCCUGAAAACCCACAGGUUCCAAAAGCAAACGACCUCAGCAGAAGCAAGUCCCUCGGGGCCUUAACGUCACUGUCGGCGAACACGCUCCCCACAUUCAUCACGGAUGCGACGAGGAAGCGCUGCACGGCCAUCAGAAAGUCAAUGGAGAUGAGGGAUAGCAAGAAUCAAGAGAGUGCCGACUGGCUCAGGAAGUACCGUACGAGAUCCCAGGCCAUGAAGAAGACAGUCGCGCUGCACGCCAGGUUGCUCGACCCGCACAGCAGCUUGAAAGACGUGUUCGACGACAAACUACAGCAUCAUCGGGAGGCUGACCAAGAAAAGACGAGAGCGUACACGAGGGAGUUACGGGAUAUGAAGGCACGAGUCGGGGAGCGCCCUUUUUUGUUCGAACAGGUGAAGCAGAAAACGGCAAAGGCUCAAGCAGAGCAGACAUUCAGGAACAAGCUGAAGAAAGCCGGCUUAAAGGAGCAGUUUGUGGAGGAAAAUGGAGAAGCGGUUGAAGGAACAUCCUCAUCAUUCAGCUCUAAUGAGGAUACAGACGAGAACCACAGGACUGACAAUCACAUUUGCAGCAGAGAAGAAAAUGGAGACGACGGGGAGAAAAUUGAAGAUGUGGAAGAGAAGAGCAUGAAGUCCAAAGGGGAAGAAAUGCCAUGAUCAAAAAGGUUCAGGCGGUAGAGUUUUUUUAUGGCCUGUCCGCGAGAAAACAACACGGCCUUCCAAAGGAUUCAUGUCCCGGUUUACUUUCCCACCAAGCAAACUACAAAUUAUGAAAUGACAAACAAUCUGGACUUGACAAUCGUUUCAAACUAUGAGUACUGAAGUAAGUAAUUCAUGUUUUCUAUGAUUUUAAUACAUAUAUAUAUUUAUAUUUGUGCACUUUUGCUCAGGAGAAUGAACACAUUCAUUUCGAGGAUGAUAAACACUUGGCUACCAGGAUGAACAGUAAAAAAACUAUUUGAGAACUCCAGUUUUACCUCGUCGAAAUCAAAAAAUCUUCAGAUAGACAUCAAAAGCGAAAGAUUACUCCACUUCUACCGUGACAAGUGUAAUCUGUAUUUUCUUUUUCUUUAACUCGGUUUUAAAAAAUGGGAUAAAUGUAUGUACAUUUAUGGGUCAGGUCCCGUGAGGGCACAGAGCUUCUGACAUGGCCUUUCUCAGAUGGAUGGGGUAAAGUUUCCUGUAAUUUUUAUAGCCGCACUGCCACCUAAACAAACAUCCCGCACUGUGUAAAAUGCACAGAGAGCAGCGCAGCGGUUCCAAGCACAUAGACCCACAUCAAAUACACUUGAGCUGGAAGCUUGCGCUUCGACUUAAACUGACUUCCAGGAAUCCUACAAAUCCUCUUUUACAAACGGACCACAUGGGCAUGUCUGAAUAUGUUGAAAUGCAGUCACGGAGGCCGGUGCACGCCGUAUGGAUACUUUUUGUCGGCUUUUUGUUAGCGCAUUGAAGACAACGCUUCAGUUCAGAAACACAACAUCAUGAAAAAUUUAGUGGUUUUUUCCCGACGGGACGAUUGAAGGCGUCGUUUGAAAUUGAGUUGAAAAGAGUCCAAUAUGUUUCAUAAACAUACAGUAGGCCGACAAUGUGCUGCUGCCAGCCAGCCGCUCAGGUAAUGACAGAGAAAAUGUGCCUGCAACAGCAUUCCCUGUGGCAAAAUAAGUAUAUGAUUAAUUUAGCAUGAUUACAAAAAGAAAUUGAAGUCGAAACGCAACACGUUGCCACACACUUCAAGAGCUCUCAAACAUCGCAUGAUCAAGCUUCAAGGGCUCCAUCUUGGCAGGUUGUCAUGGGAACAGUUCAUCCCUCCGCUCUGUGCCCUGUCGUCCCUCAGGAGGAUGCUGCGCACCUCUGAUUUCCCCAGUGCACGGCUGAAAACCGGGCAAAUCUCUCCCGACCUUUUAAAGAAGCCGCAGUGCUGCGAGAG